CGACCUCGACGCAGAGCGACGACGACGAUGACGACGACGACGUGGAUGUGGGCGUGAAGGAGUCACAAGAGUAGCUUCACCCGAUCUCCACCCCCUGAGUGUCCUUGCAGGCAAAAUGCUCACCAUCGCGCCAUCCAGCUCGAGGGGCGUCAUCCGCAUCGUGUGCCGUUGCCCAUGUGCAGAGCAAGCAGGACGACCGAGGAGCCUCUCGUUGGUCGCUCAUAGACGAUGCCGCCGAUCUGAUGACUACGCAAAGACACAGGAGCAAAGGUGGUCGAGCAUGAAUGCCAAGCGAAGGGUGUCGACCAGCGCUGCGAAAAGGGGAGAGGAGGAGGAGAUGCAAGAGUCUAGUCGCACCAAGGCGCAGCAGCAGGGCCAGCUUGCGAACAGCCACAGAACAAGGUUGUACCCGACAUCGCGCUUCAAACCUUCCUCCAGCAACUCUAUUCCCCUCUUUAGCGCGAGCGGUCAAGAUGAGGCAUCGUUUGCAUCAUCAAGCACUACGUCCUCCAACUCCGUACACUGGGCCAAUGUUCGACGCCAAGACAAGGAGCGCGCUGCAGCACGUCGAGAGGACAGCGGCGGCGGCAAGGGUGGCAGCAAGGGUGCAAGCGCCCACGUAGAAGCGGGGCAGACGGGCGAAGGGGCCUACGCAACGCAAGAGCUCAAGAUUCUGGCCUCGGACCUGCACAAGCAUUCCAACAAUCGAGCAUGGACCAUGAUGUUCAAGACUGCAGAAGAGAUGAGGAGACGCGCAAAAGCUUUGCAGCAGCAGGGGCAGCAGCAGAUUGCUGAUGGUGGCGGUGGAGGAGGCGAUGCGGUAGCUGUGCAGUCAUCGGCACCCAAACCACCACUUCAAGUCUUCUUGCACCUCAUGAGGCAGGUCCCAUUUCAUGUGGCUCUUGCAGUGCACGACGAUAUGCGGAGCUACUAUCCAGCUUCUAUAAGGAGCUUGACCAUGCUGCUCAUCGCCGCCAUCAAUCAUCAGGCGGGUGAGCGUGAGGUGCGAGGGGUAUUGGAUAGAUUUGCACAGAUAGGAGAUCGAGAGGGCGCAAUGCAGUACGAGGAUGAAAGGGAGACAGCAGCUUCCUCGAUUCGCCCAUUGCUUUCGAGGUGGUACACUCGUCAUUGGACACCGGGCGUCUAUACCAUCCUCUUGACCCAUAGCAUACACAUCGCCAAUCUGGAACUGAUGCUCAGCAUUCUUGGGGCUUUGCCAGCAGCCUUUCAAAGGACGGUCCUGACACCAAAGACGCAAUCCAGCAUCCUCUUCUUGAUUUGCAAUCACGAGCUACCACGCUUGGCUAGCGAGCUCGCAAAGUGGUUCUUUGCCAUCACGGGAAGAAAAGCAGACGACGCGGGACUCUUUAGGGUGCUGAGGUGUUCUGCCAGACACGGUUGGUAUCCUGGCGUCCAGUGGACGUACCAGAGGCUUGUCACGGAGGGCAGGCACGGAUUGGAAGGCGGCCUGGUGCAGCAGGUGAUGUCCACAUGUGCUCGAGCGGGAGACGUGACUGUCAUCGAGACGGUCAUCAACGAGCAUCAGCACGAAGGCAAGCUUUCCCUUCCAGCAGAAAGGCACAAACUACUCGAGACCAUCAGCGAGAAUCAUCUUCUUUGGUUGUUCCUCGCUCAUUCCCAUGCUGCCAUCCGAGAGCAGGUGGAUGUCGGCGAUGAUUCGUUGGACCAACGAAAUGCGCCCAAAGCGACGUACGACUUUCACGCUGCUUUUGCCACGUUGGCUCGAUUCAAUUACCUCUCGUAUGCUGGACCAAAGCCGGUCGAGCUACUUGCGCUCAUCAAGCUCAUCUCUACGCCCGAAGCGUGGGCGCAAGCCCACUCCGCAUGGAUUGAGCAGGGUCGAGCUCAAGUGAGGGAAGGCGAUUGCGGAGGAAGCACCACUGCUGGACUCUUUGUGCUGAUCGAGAGCGCUAGGAGGCUGCGAAUGUAUCAGGAAGCUUGGAGCGUUUAUCACGAGCGACGACAUGUACGAAGAGCGCGAGGUCGAUUUGUUGGUGCUUCUGCGCUCGAUGCUGCUGCUGCUGCGCAGGACGACGCCACUCAGACGGGGAGCAACACGCGUACGCAGCUCGAUGAGAGCGCACAGACGAGCAGUUCGAGCAAAUUUUACGCUCUGCCCCCUGCCAUUCCUCAAGAAGGUGCGGGACAAGAUUGGCCACCGAUCCACGCCGAGGUGGAGCACGUUCGGUCUCAAAUGCACGUCUCUGCCGAUCUAGCAUGCUAUCACUCCCUCUUGGAUCUGUGCAUAGAUACGCGAGAUGCGGAUCUAGGAAGAAGCUUGUUGAGGGACAUGUCGUGUCAAAGACCUCUUAUACGCGGUGACGAGGCCACGUAUCAGAGAAUGAUCAGCCUGGUUACGACUAGGAUAGAUGAUGCUGCGAUCGACGAAGCGUUGGAUUGGUUAGAAGAGGCGAAAGCGAGAGGUCUUACACCCACCCCUCAGAGCUACAGGCUCGUUUGGAAGAGGUGCUGGAGGAGCGGGGACGAUCGCGCAAACGACGUGAAAAAGGAAUGGGAAGAGGUGCAUGCUCUGCAAAAUGUCCAAGAGCUCCAACAGACUCGAGAGAUACACUUGUAGAUUCGGCGGGCGGGCCGGACGCUGCUCGGCAUUCUAUCCCUUCCUUCUCAAGAGUGGUCCUACUCGCAACCAAUGUCAACGACGUGGGGCACAUCGCAAUGCAAUUCCCCGAUUCGCGCUCUGCUUCGUUCCUGUGAUCGAGUUGUCGGCUGGCAAAUACAGAUUUGUCCACGGUGCUGGUUUGGCAAGCAGGGGGUGCUUUGUCAAAGCCUCGCUUCCACAAGGGUCGCCCUCGCUAUGGGCCAAUGUAUCCCUUGGCUACAUGACCGAGCGCGAGCGCACCACGCCCCAGAGCUCGCGAGGCUAAGCAGCCUCUUCACGCCCGAGGCAACUCGCUCCUCUCUGCUCUUCCCGUCGCAGGAUAAUAAGUGGUCCAUCCAAAGCUGCUUCC